CACUAUAAGUAACACACGGUCAUAUUCAUAUUUCACUACAAUAUACUCUUAAUUGAAUUAAUCAAGGAUGAAAACCAAACAUUUAAUCUUUGAACUCUUUAUUUGUACACUAAUGUUUAUCUCUGUUGUAGAAAUUGAGCAAUCUAAAAAUGGGAAACAGUUUGGGGCAACAAAAGACGUCAUAUCAAAAGUUGAGACAGUUCCAUGGAAACCAUGGGGGGGAGGAUGGAUAAACUAUGGAGAAAAAGGUGGUGCAGGAAGAAAAAAUGGUGAACAAGGUUCAGGAGGAAAUCGUGGUGGAAAAAGUUCACAAGGUGGGGGUGAACAAAAAGGAGGUAGCGAAAAUGGAGGGAAUGAGGAACCAUAAUGAAAACCAGAUGUAUGCAUGUGUGUACUGUAUCCAAGAUAAUAUUUAAAAUAAAAUCAUGGACUUUAUUUUACCCUAUGUCUAAUUUUUAAUUGGAGGAACAUCUUUCUUUAAGUUAAUAUGCAUUUCAUCGAUACCCUUGGACUGUAUCACUUAUAUUAUCAAAGUUAAAUGGACAUGAAAUACCAUGCUUUCAUGUUGUAUGAUUUUGUUUAA